GAGGGCGACGUUUAUCCAACAGGAGUACGCGAGCUCAAGACGGAGUUGCUGAAUACCCUGCUCUCACUCCUGGAGGGCCGAAUGGACAAUCGGAUCCAUCAAACGGUGGUCCAACGUGGAGAUCCGCUGGUCAUUCGUGAGCGCAUCCAGCCACGAGCCAAGCUUGGGCAGCGGCGAAGCUGCGGACACCGGUGGGGAAGGCGGAGCCAAAACCACCCCGAAAGCCAUAGAGGAUGUGAUGUAUCAAUAUGUAUGUUUGCAGGGAUCCGUGUGUGA